GGAUGGGUUUGGCGGAGAUGGAGACGGAGGAUGAGGGGGCUAUGGCUGUUCCGUCGCCAGGUCCUGCUGCAAGGGUGCCUGUGAGGAGGCAGAGGGCAUUUCAUGGUCCGAUGAUGAGGCCUCAUUGAUCGGGGUUGUUGGGACACAUCGGGGGCUCAUCGACUUGACGGCACGAUACUACGAAUUACGAGCGACGAGAAACGAAUGACGACAAAACGGACUGGAAAGGGACUGAUAACAGGAACUGAUGAUGGGAGGAAGUUUCCAUACUAUAGCGCUGAUCGGAAGAGUUUCUCUUCACUUUAAUAAUGAGCGCCGAUUGCUCAAGAUCAUGAGAUUCCCCCAAAGGUGUGAAAGGUGUUUAUGGAGUCGUGAUGUCGUGAUGUCGUGUAAGACGGUCGUCGCCGCAUGUCAAGCGAAUUGUCCAAUCACAGCCAAGGCCACCGCUAAGAAUGUUUUCUUACCACUUGGUUCCUGCAUCGCGGCAAACCGGCAAACCAACUCCGUAAGCCCAGGCCCCAAACAGCGCGAAUCAAGAGCCUGUUUUCAUCGCUUGCUUGCCCCCCUGAACUUUGUAUUUUGGAGAAGCCAAUCUCGGCAGUGGGGUUCAUUCCCCCUGUCUACGGUCGACCAUCCACUGAGAAGCUCGGAGGAUUCACGUCUGGCCUCCGCGCGACCUGGGGGAUCAACCAACUUUUUUAUGCUAAAAUCCCGCCCCGUUCGUCCCAUUUGUGGUUCUUGUAUAUGUAAACAUUGGAUCAUUCCCCGUCCUGUCGUCCUGUCGUCCCGUCUCGUCCUCCUUCCCGGUUGUCGACUCAACACCGCACACUCUCUCUCACUCAGUCGUUGAGUUGUCGAUUCCAUUCAUUUGGACGAGAGUUUGGGAUCGUCAAUUGGGUCUUUGUGUCUCUUCCUUGACGACGAGAUAUUUUCUUCGUUUCUGAGUUCUGACGAAACUCCA